ACCAGAUGCGCUCAGUUUGUAUGGUUUGUUUUUGUGGUGCAUUCGCGACCUUGCUCUUCAUAAUUUCUAUAGUUGCUUCUAGAUAACCUCGAUUUCGCGUUUGUCCAUUCUUGGCCGCUAUUUCAUCUAUUAUUACACUUAUCUUAUUAAAAAGCUCCUCGGUUCAUUGGCUCAUCUCCAUUUUUCUUUUAGUUAUCCCACUGACGCUUAUCCAACAAAAAGGCACCUUCAGGGUAAAUGCAAGUCUAUCACUGCCCUAACUUUCCGUGCUUUUCAUAGAUGAUAUUACACAGGAAAACCCAAAGUUACUGUUAACACUAAACGGUUGUUUGCGUACAAAUGGCACAAUCUCGUAGAGACAAAAAGUUGACUGGAGCGGACACGUUUGAAAGUUUAUCUGAAGUUUUCCGCUGCUUUAUAUGUAUGGAGAAGCUUAAUAACGCUCGUUUGUGUCCACACUGUUCGAAGUUGUGUUGCUACAAGUGUAUAAGAAAAUGGAUCACAGAAACACGGUCUCAGUGCCCUCAUUGCCGGGCUUCGUUGCACAUUUAUGAAUUAAUUAAUUGUCGUUGGGCUGAUGAAGUUACUCAACAGUUGGAUAAUUUGCAAUCUCAAGCUACUUCAUCUAGAUCUGGUAGUGGUCAAAAUGACUUGCUGGGAGGAGCAUCAGUUAAUAAUACAUUAUCAACAUCCAGUACUGAGGUUUGUGAAUUACACAAUGAACGCUUAUCUGUAUUUUGUACAACAUGUGGCUAUGCUAUCUGUCACCAAUGUGCAUUAUUUGAUAAUGAUCAUGAACAGCAUUCAUUUCGUCCAUUAGAUGAUGUUUAUAAUGAACAUGUAAAACAGAUAAAGAAUGAAAUGGAUCAAUUUAAACGUAGACAUUUAGAAUUAAUAUCAUUACUUCAAGAUGUUGAGAAGAAUGUACAGGCUGUAAAACAAGCCAAAGAAGAACGUGUUCGAGAAUUACGCAAUGCAGUUGAAUUAAUGGUAGCGCGUUUAGAUUCACAACUAAAAUCGAAACUAGUUACUCUAAUGAGUCAACGUAGUCAAUUAUUUCAAGAAAUUGAAUCACUUGAAAAUCUUUUGCAUGAUGUUCAAUAUGCGGUAGAUGUUGCGAAACCGUCUGAAAUGGUAGAACGAUCAUCUGAAAUUUUAGCACUGCUUAGUGAUGUACAUUGUAAACCUAUGGCUUCGUUUGUUAGUGCGCCUGUACCAGCUGACUUUGUAAGUGAAAUUGUACCUCCUUAUGAAUCGAGUACAUUCACACUUCAGCCUUAUUCCAUUAUGAAACAAAGAGCUGAUCCUGUGUAUAGUCAACCACUACAUGUAGGUGGUUUAAGCUGGCGUCUUAAAGUUUAUCCAGAUGGGAAUGGUGUUGUACGUGGUAAUUAUUUAUCGGUGUUUUUAGAAUUGUCUGCUGGAUUAUUAGAAGCAUCCAAAUAUGAAUAUCGUGUAGAAAUGGUUCAUCAACAAUCUCGUGAUCCUAGUCGCAAUAUUGUACGUGAAUUCGCUUCACAUUUUGAAGUUGGUGAAUGUUGGGGUUAUAAUCGUUUCUUCCGUUUGGACUUAUUAGUUAAUGAAGGUUAUUUAAAUAGUGAAACAGACUCGAUACUACUUAAAUUCCAAGUAAGAGCGCCAACUUACUUUCAAAAGUGUCGUGACCAAAAUUGGCAUAUUUCACAACUUGAAGCGAAUCAAGGCCAUUGUUUUACGCAGUUAGCUGAAUUAAAGGAACGUUUAUCUAUUGAAGUAGCCAGACAAACAAAUAUUAUUUCUGUUGCUAAUACUGCUACUGCUCCCUCUCCCAAUACUGAUAUUUUUAAUUCAACUGUUGUUACUACAACAAGUAGUACUUCUGUUAUUUGUCUACAGUCAACAGAUGCAUUAAAACCUUCAAGUUGUCUCUCGGAUCCCACUUCUUCUUCUGCAAUUAGUCAGUCAACAUAUAUUAUGACAACUCCUUCUCCACUUCAGCUUCAGUCACCAUUAUCAUUACUUACACAACCUAUUAAUGAAGAAUUUACUGAUAAUUAUACUAAUGAGUCGAAUAAAUAUGUAGCAUCUGUUCCAGAAAUGAAAAAUCAAGAUUGUAUAAACAUGGAUCGAAAUGAUUGUACAUCCCAAUGUUGUUUUAUAAACAAUGAGAAUAACACUUCUAUUAGGGAUCAUUUAACAAAUAGUGCAAAUCAUACACAGUCACUGUGUGGUGUCAGUAAUAAUAAUAAUAAUAAUAAUAAUAAUAAUAAUAAUAAUAAUAAAUAA